UUAAUCCAAGCUCGAGGCUCUCGUGUCAGUCUGCAGAUGACUGCUCCUCGGAUUAGCAUUAGCGUGUCAGUACAUCCAACGGAAAUCCAGUAAAAAAGAACGAUUAGAUAAAAAACAGUUAGUAAAACGUCGAUUUCAUUUUUUCCUGGGUUUCAUAAAGGCUCUGCGUGAGGUAUGUGCGAGUGUGUGAGUGGUAAAUAACGAUAGAAGUUUGGAAAAGGGCUGCAGUAAAUAACGAAAGCCAAUUGUGUGUCGAUGGGGUUAAAAGUGGCCAAUUAUCGACGAUGAAAGUGUACGAGUUUGGCUAAAAAGGAUGUGUGUUCAAUGAAAAAGCUAAUUUUACGACAGGUUGUUAAAAUGACAAAAAAACGAGGAAGAAGAGCAGCGGUCGCCUUCCUGGCGAGCGGCACAAUCAACUGACAAAUACCAGUUCCCCUAAACACACAAAAAAUAAUCCCAAAAAACCAAAUAACGAUGUCAGAAAUCACGAGUAUAUCGGAUCACUAAUAGCCAUUACAGAAAACUCGUGUGAAAAUUACUCAUCAGAAAUCAGCAGAGUUCAUCUUCCAUCAUCAGCAAAUUAGCAUUUAAUUGACGUUCACCGAGAGCCAGGGGAGAAAAACAAAAUUCAACUCGUGAAGAUGCCGGAGAAGUGUCUUCCCAACGAUCAAAAGAAAACAAUAAAAUGAAGGUGAUAAUGAAGUGGAGGUGAUUCUCGACUUAUAUCCACUCGAGGGGUGGAAAUUAAUUCUAACAAAAGUGCUGUUGAAUAAAUACUGAACUCGAUUUUAUUUUCAACGUUUAAAAAUAUUGAUUGAAGGCCGAUAAAGUGAAGUGUCCUGGUAACGUUGAAAUGGCAUUCAUGAUGAAAAAGAAAAAGUACAAAUUUUCGGUUGAGGUUGGCCUUGAGGAGCUCACCGCAGUGCCUUUCGUAAGUGCUGUGCUGUUUGCUAAAUUACGUCUGCUGGACGGCGGCUCAUUCGUUGAUCACUCCACUAGGGAGGAAGUAGUGGAACACACGGUGAGAUGGAAUGCUAAAUUUGAAUUCCUCUGUAAAAUGAGUGCGAACGCGUCCACUGGGAUUCUCGAUCCCUGUAUUCUCAGGAUAUCUGUGAGAAAGGAACUGAAGGGAGGCAGGUCCUUCCAGAAACUCGGCUUCACCGAUCUUAAUCUCGCGGAAUUCGCUGGUGCGGGCCUGUGCCACAGACGGUGCCUCCUUGAGGGUUACGACGCCAGACAUAGACAAGAUAAUUCCAUGCUCAGAGUAGCAAUAAAGAUGAAUAUGUUAUCCGGUGACAUACUUUUUAAAGUACCCUCACCGUCGCUGAAGCAGACUCAAUUGGCAGUGCCUGGUGUCCCAGGUGGUCCCACAUCGACGACAGACGAAGUCAUCGGUCCAGAUAGAGGUACGAAUCGUGAGGAUUACGUCUCUAGUGGUUCGCUAGCUGGCUCAAUAGCCAGUGCAAGUAGUGGAUUCGGUAGUCUUCCAAAGAAAAGACCAGCGUUGUUCUCUUCAGAAUUAUUAAGUGGAACGGAAUCCUUCGAUCCAAUGACCCUAAAUGAAAUAGCCCCUCCAACGGUACCAGUGGAGACCCUGACGGAGGCCCACACCGAGUCUGGUCACUCGAGAAACAGUAGCAACACGAGUCAAUUGAGCAAGGGCUCGGGCUACGGUUCCCUAAACUCCCACAGCCAACACAGUAGGCAAAGCAGCAGUGGAGAUAGCGGUCACAUCAGGUCACCCUCCUGGCCGGUAUGGGCUCCACGCCUCCCUACAUUAUCCCAAAAUCAAUGUUACACAGGAAAUGAGUCUGGAAAUGACAGUACCUAUUUAACACCUCCAAAUUAUCCAAUAACCCAAGAAACAAAUCGUUUCUGGUCACCAGGCACACCUCGUACCCCAGUGUCUUCUCGACGUGACCCAUCCAUUGAAAAUUCCCACAGCACUCCGAAGCCAUCCAAUGACGAUAUUACAAAUGGUGCAUUGAAUAACAAUAUCACUGACACGUCAGUUGGCCAAUUCAAAGUGCCGGGAAUUCAGGAUGUAUUGCGAUACUCGAGAAGACACUUGGAGCAUUGUAUCAAGGACAAUCACAUGAUAAGUAGUAAGAGCAAUGAUAAGCCAGUGGUUAAGCCACAUAUUGGUCAGGCUAGGUGGAGAAAUAUGUCGAAAACUUGUGAUUGCAUUGAGAAGGGAAAAACAAGCCCUGUUUUGAGACUGGUUGAUCAGACACGUGCUGUCUCCUCACCUGAUCCUCUACACAGGCCCGACACCCCUCGAUCCUCCUCGCUUCAAUCCACAACGGCAGCUCAGAGCCUCAGGGGUAUCGGCGGGGGUCACCGUAAAUUAUUGGACGGUACAAGUGUCAAGUUGGCAACUGUUACAACGAGCCCAGACUCCGAGGAGUCAGCAACGCUGGCUGUUAUGGAGCUAACAACGUCGAAUCCGUCAGGUGGUUCUGGUCUGAGUGAAACAGGCUCCCUGGAUCGGGCAAAGGCUGCACUGGAGAGACGAAAAAAGGCUGAGGAUUCUGGUAAUAAUGCUGUGCAGUGUCGAGUUGAAGUCACACGUCCUAAUCCAGAUUCACUCAUCGACGAGUUGUUGAAGGCAACGAAUCUCGAACAGUCUGAUUUGGAGAGCGCUGAGACAUCUGGAUUACAACUAUUUAUCGCAAAAGACGGCACAACAGCAUUAGGUAGUCACGAAGUGAAGAGCCAGAUGCCCGCUGGUGUAUUUAAACAAGUGGUUAUGGAAGAAAAUAACAGGUAACACGAAAUAACAUCGUCACGUCGACAGUAUUCGCGACAAUCGACAUCAACGACGUUUGCACUUGCCUUAGUACCAGAACUUGUGUACGAGGCCUAUGAGCCACGGUAGUAAAACCAAACGGAAUUUACGUACAAAUAUGAUGAUGAAGUAUAGUAAAAUAUCGAUUAAAACGCGUGUGAAAAAAUUCAAUUGACAAAUCCUGCGAAUUGGCUGGAAAAUUCUAUCGAAUAGCUCUUGAUUUUUAGUCGAUUUUAUUGCAAAAAUCGAUAUUCUGUAGAAAAUAUGAACUUAACUAAUUCCUAUAGAUAAAACUCCAUAAAAAAUAAAACUCUGCCGUUUUUUAUACAAAAUAACUCCUGUUAAAUAAUUUCUACGAAAUGAGCGGCAAAAUUCUUUAAUAAAAUCGGCCAAAAACUAGAAGUUCAUUAUGAUUUUAUCUCCAGUUCACUAGGAUUUAUUGUAAUUUUGUUCACGCAUGAGACGAUGGUGCGCCAUCACCGGAAUUUUGUUUUUAAUCCAUAGAAAAAAUAAAUUAAAAUAUUAAAAAAAAAUAGAUCCUCCAUUUUUGCUGGAUCCACGCACACGCGAGACGAAGACUUCUCAGCUGAAUUAUUUUCAUUAAUUAUAAAGUCAAACGUUCAUUGCGGAGACAAGAAUGGAAGUUAAAUUAAAGAAAACUUAAUUAUUUUCAUUAGUUGGUAUUAAUUGCAUUCCCUGCAUCGUAUUAGUUGUAAUUGAAGAGUUGAAAUUCUAAAUACCGAAAUGCGGAAUUAUGGGACAAAUCGUGAAUAGGCGAAGCGGGAAAAUAUAUUUUCUUCCUUUUUUUACAUGAGAAGCGACUGCACAAACACGCGUUCCACUGUCGAUUUGUUUAGUGAAGAUUAUUCAUGAAGCUGAUGAAUUAUGGAAUUAAAAUCGUAAAUGUUAAUGAUUAUCAUUAAGAAUUGCUGAGCUUGCACCAAUGCCACAAUUAUUUUUACCGUGAUUUUCCCUUAUUUUUAUUGUGAGUAUUAAAUCUUGUGCAGUAUUCUCCCAUAAUUUCAAUAUUCCGUUGAUAACCGGCAUCGACUGAUUGACAAUUUUUCAAAGGUCAUUUACAAUUACGUUUUCCCUAGAAUUCCGCCAAUCUCGAAUAUUUUUUAUUUCGAAGUUUCGAAGCUUUUGAUCGAUCGUUUGAUCUCUCCACCUCUGAAUUCAAUAAUUAAGGAUCACAAGUUCUAGCCCAGAAUCAAAUUCUAGCAACACAAGCAACCGCAGGUAAAAAUACAUGAAAUAACGUAAUAAAACCCCUGAAAAACUCCAAAUACGCCUCCGCUGUGAAUUUAAAAAAAUCUAUUGUAUAUGUAUGUACAGUUAUAAUACGUCUGACUGCAUUGGAUUGGUGCAAGCCCCCUGUAUAGUAUAGUCAUUUGUAUAUACUAGCCUAGUAAUUGUUAUGUAGCUAAAUGGCCGAUCAUACAUACUGUUCUCUUUCCAUAAUCAAAAAGGAAUAACAAAAAAAAACAGAAAAUGGCAGCAAAAAGAAAUACUACAAACGGAAGUUUCCUGAAAUCUAGUGAAUGAAAAUCCACGUUUCAUACAUCAUAAAUGCAUCAUGAGUCGAGGAGUGUAAAUUAUAAUUACAUGUCAUAAGAUUUUCUUUUUCGUACGACAAAGUUGAAUUCCACAUGCUUGUGUGCCAGAUUAAUCCUUUAUUAUCGUUUAUCGAGGUUUUCUUCCCAUUGCCAUAGCUAAAUUAUGAGGAAUUGAUGCAUUAAUGAAUUCGCUGGGGCAUUUUAAAUUAAGGAAGGUGGGGACAUUGGAAAAUUAUUUUAGAGAUUUUAGACAGCUUCUGUUGAGAUUAGACUUGCCAAAAAUGGUUCUGAUAGUGAGACAAAAUGGGAUAAGUGAAUGUCUCGUCACUGGAAAUGUGUCAAAAAAAUUCUGAUCAAAAGCUUCUUCAUUAGUCACUUGAUUGACCAUCAUUUCCGGUAUAUCAGCAGCAAAGAAAUAUAUUUUGAUUUAUUGACAGCAAUAAUCAAGUGAUUUACUCUUUUCACUUAUUCCAUUACUUUGCGUACUACUGAAUCUCUCAGCUGCAUAAGAAUGUUUUUUUCAAUUGAAAACGGAGGACCCAUGAUGGAAAAGUUUAUUCUAAGCUCGGUUUGAGUAUUAUUUUAUAUAAAAUGACUGAACUGCUUAAUGGUAUUAAAGUGAUAAAAUUAUAUUUCAAAUAAACAGAAAAUAAAGUGCUUUCGUUCUUCAAAAAAUUUAACAGAAUAUUUUGCCAGGCUUCAGUGCCUCAACUAUUGAUUCACCAUGAACUAAUAAUUUAACAAUAAAAACCUCAAUUUAUUCGAUUGUGUAACAGCUAAUGGCGUAUGUAAAAGCAUCAGCGAAUAAUAAAUGUGAAUGAAUUUUUUUAUACAAAUUUGUAGGAAUAUAAAAUUAAGGCAUUUUCUUUAACUUGAUUUUUCAAAAGCCAUCAAUUGAACCGUUUCCUCAGCUAUUUUCACUCGAUUGGAACAUCUCAGCUAUGAUCAUCUCGCCUGAAGAACAUUAACUGGUUUUUUUUUCUUAUUUAUAUCCGUGUGAGAUAGAUAUUAAUGUUGUGAUAUUUCUAAUAUUGUACCAGUCGCGGGGGAAAAGAAUUAUUACUGUAUUAUCAAUUGUAUUAUAUAAAUUAUGGAAUUUUUCAUUUGAAGGGCGGGACUCAUAUUCUUCAUUCGUUCAGUCAUGAACGAUCCAACGAAAUUGUGACAACUCCACUGAAUAGAUUAUCAUGUAUAUCGAAAAUCCAUGAAGUCUAAAUUCUCUAAACAGUUGUGUUAAUCAAACCAAAACAAUAAAAGAAAUAUUUGAAGAGAAGAA